AUGUCUGGAAGAGAAACUUACCAACCCCCCAGCUACGGCGGCGGAUUCGCCUCAGGCGUCGCAGCCAACGAAGCCAUCGGCGGUCCAGCGGUGCAAUAUGUGUGCGGUGAAUGUGCUGCCAAGGUUAGCCUGACGAAAGGCGACGCCAUCAGAUGCAACAUGUGCGGACACAGAGUCCUCUACAAAGAGCGCACGAAGAGAAUGGUGCAAUUUGAGGCUCGAUGA